AUUGACUACAUGUGUAUUGAAAGGGAUGUCAACAAUAAUGCAGUAAUUGAUGGCAUAUUUGAACAAAAGGUUUGCAAAACAAACGAUUCAGUGAUUGAAUUGAAAUUUUGAAAUCCAUUUGAAAAGUGAUUUGCAAUUGAAUUGAGGAGUGAUUGAGAAGAAGAUGUCGUUUCGCAAUAAAUCAAAGUCUCAUUCGUCGAAAGGCCAAUCGGGUCCGGAGGGGAAGUCGUUUCAAUUGAGUCGAAACCGAUUUGUGUCGGUCUCGGAGUUCAAGAAUCAGAUGAGAGUCGAUGUCCGCGAAUACUAUACCGACGAUAACGGAGACCAAAAGCCCGGCAGAAAAGGGAUCAGUCUUUCGAUGGAUGAGUGGAAUAAAUUGAUUAACUUUUUGCCCAAAAUCGAGAAAGCGAUCAAAAAGAUGGACGACUCGGGCGACGACUCCGACGACUCUUCUGACCGAAGAGGCAAACACUCAAAACGCACCAAAAAGUCGGACUCAGAAGAUCUCGAUUCCGAUAACUCUGACGAUAAGCGCAAGAAGUCUAAGAAAGAGGAGCCGAAGCCUAAGAAAGCCAAGACAUCUGAUUCGGAAGACGAUUCCGAUGACGACAAGCGCAAGAAGUCUAAGAAAGUUGUCUCCGAUUCGGACUCUUCGAAA